AUGUUGGCACUCCUCUCGACCACCGCCGCCUUCUUCUCGUCGCCGCAGCGCCGGCUCUGCGCCCACACGGACGGCCGUGCGGCCGUGCUGCUGAAGCUCGUCACCAACCGGCUCGCGGCCAGCGCCGGCAGCUCGCUGCGCCUGCCGGCGGGCCCGCUCUCAGAGUACCUGGGCUCGCGCCACAGCGACGAGGCUCUUCUGUCGGCGACUUCCGUCUCCGGACCGACGGACGGUGUCUACGAGUGCGAGCUCUCUCCGAUCAAAUUCUUCACGCUCGCCAUUACGCCGGUCUUCACGAUGCAGAUCGACCGGGAGCCGGCGGCGUCGGCGGGCGGCGCCGUCGCCGUUCGCGUGCUCAAGGGGCAGUGCCGCGUCGGCGAGAAGCUCUCGCGCACCAUUUCCAUCGACGCGCUGAACGAGGUGCGGUGGGCGCCCGAGGCGUCCGGCGGCUGGAGCGUGGACACAGCCAUCUCGCUCGAGCUCGCCAUCAAGCAGGCGCCGCUCAGGGGGCUCGCCCUUAGGGCGUGGGAGGCGGCGGGGACUGCGAUCGUGAAGGGCGCGUGCGAGGCCAACGGGAAGGCCCUGCUCGCCAACCUCAAGGAGGGCUACCUCGGCUUUGACGCGCCGGCAGUCGAGAAGAAGUGGCGGAAAAGGAGGAUGCUCUUUGGCGAGAAUGUGCGGAGGUGGGUCCUCUUUGGAGGCCGCGCAUGGGAGUAG